AUGAAACGAGUCUACUCCUCUUCCUCGGGGACUUUAUCCCCCAAGCAACACAAGCCUGUCCUUGGAGUCGCUUGUCUCACGCUUGAGAAUCUCAUGAAGCACGAUAGAACUACCCCUCCCCUUUCACGAUCAGCGGUGGUCGAUAUGCUGACGGACAAAAUUGACGGCUUACCCGAUGUCCCGAUCAUUCUUCCCUCGUCCACUCGCUCCUCGCAACAGUCGCGAUCCAGUAGCCCGUCCCGGCCGACCGAUGCACAAUACCGUGCUGGUCAUCUAAGGCGUGCAAGUAUCUUCGUUGACGAAGACAUCCCUCCGGAUGUCAGUCAAUAUGUGACCCAUAUUCUAGCUAUGGCAAGUGAAGAUAUCGAUAGCCUACAACGAGUCUCAGACAAGCUCUGGCGCAAAUGUAAGGAUUUGGCUAGGAGACCAUCAGGGGAGACCGAAUGGAGAAUGGCGUUACACACUGCUAUUGAUGAGUUGAGACAUCCGGGGCUGGAAAUUCCUCCAGUGCGCAACGCUCGGCCCAUUAUCCCCCGCAAACAAAGCCAACCACAUCAACUUGCACAGGAAGAUGCCAUUGAUGACGGCGGCUCAUCAUCUCCCGAUGUAGCAGGUGUCAGCGUUCCUAUCUUUAAGCUGAAAGAUUCCCGACCCGAUAUCUGUCGCGCCGCUCGAAGCUUCCUGUUUGAUCUUCAGAUUACUUCUACCUUUAUUAGUGACUCACAUGUCACCCCCGUGCGGCUUCGAUUCCCUUUUAUAGUGGUUGAGGCCAAGUCCGGUGCAACUGGUGGGAACCUCUACCAAGCACAGAACCAAGCGGCAGUGAGUGGCUCAACAGCCCUCCGAAUCUUCCAAAAUCUUGCAGAUCUGCACGAUGCGCAAGGCCCAUCUGACAAGGUGUUGAAUUUGGCUUUUUCUGUCACCACUGAGGGUCCGAUUCACGAGCUCUGGCUUCAUUUCCGAAGACACGAAAAGGGAGAUUUCUGCAUGGCAUGCGUAGGGUCUUGGAGGGUGACCCUGCAUGACGGAUCGCUGGAAUUUGUGCGCCGUCUUUCAGCAGUGUUGCGGUGGGGUAACGGCAACUUACGAAAGAAGAUUGUAGGCAUAUUGCAGGAGAUCUAA